AUGCUCACGCGCCAGGAGGCUGUUAAAGCCGCUUCAGCCUUCAGUCAGGACGUGAGGACCCAACUCUGCAACAUGACCAGGAAACUACAGAACACAAGCCUGGAGGAUGGGAAGAGUAGGAAAAGGGUUCUGAAACCCGUUGUGGAAAAGAAAAGAAGAGAUCGAAUAAAUCAAAGUCUAGGUGAACUGAGAAGUUUGCUGUUGAAGCACACGUCUGAUCCCCGGCUUCAGAAUCCUAAAAUAGAGAAAGCAGAGAUUCUUGACUUGGCUGUGGAAUAUGUUCAGACAUGGACAGAUGGGAAGAACCACAGCAAGGAUGACAGUCAAAUGAGGACUCCUGUGGCAUCUCUCCAUCACCCAGAAUCCAUUGCUCCUGCUCUCGUCACCAUAGAGGGUGCAGGCUUUCAGCAGUGUGUGGCCCAGCUGACCAGCUACAUGAACAGAAUCCUCCCGGCACAGAGGAGAAGCCUGAUCGAGGGUCUCAAGCAUCACACAGAGAGCCAGCAGCCCAACACCAUCACAGCAGAGUUUAACCCCAGAUUGACAGACGUGACCAAAGCACCAGAUGGAUUAUCCGGGGAGUUCAUUUGCACAUCUGAGAGGAGAGAAGAGUGUCCUAAGUUUCCUUCCCACUCCACGUUCCAGCCUCUCGCCUGCUCCACACCUUGCCACGACUACCUGUCACCCCCUCCCUCCCCCUGGCUCUCACCCUCCUUCUCCACAUACGCCACCUCUCCUCCUUUCCCGUCAUUUGCCUCUCACUUCUCCUUCCCCCCCAGCCUAUCACCUCGGUCUUGCAACACCUCCUUCUUCAGUUUCUCGCCCCCUCUCUCGGGCCCUGCUUCCCUCCACUGCCCCCCUUUCCUCACACUCAGGUCCCCUCCACACCCUGCACAGAGGGGGGGCCACCCACCAAACUCUCCCUCCUCCAUUUGGAGACCUUGGUGAAGUUUCUAGAGAGUGACAGAUUGAGAACAACAGAGACACCUUGUGGGAAUGUCAACCGUUGGCUUUGGAGAGGAAGAAAACUCUCC